AUGGUUACUUUGCAAAACUCUACUUCUACUCUGAAGCUAAACACCGGUCAAACUAUCCCACAGGUGGGUCUUGGUACCUGGAGGUCCAAGGAAAAUGAAGGUUACAAGGCCGUCAUUGAGGCAUUGAAAGCUGGUUACAGACAUAUCGAUGGUGCUGCUGUCUAUGGUAACGAAGGUGAAGUUGGUAAGGCCAUCCAAGACAGUGGUGUUCCACGUAACGAGAUCUUUUUGACUACCAAGCUAUGGUGUACUCAACAACGUAACCCACAAGAAGCAUUGGACCAAUCUUUACAAAGAUUGGGUCUGGAUUAUGUUGACCUGUACUUGAUCCACUGGCCAGUUCCUCUAAGAACUGAGAACAUCAAGGAUGGUAACUUGUUCCAAUUUGCUGAAAAGCCAGAUGGUUCAAAGGAUGUUGAUUUGGAAUGGAAUUUUAUCAAGACAUGGGAAUUGAUGCAGAAGUUGUUGGAGAGCGGUAAGACCAAGGCUAUUGGUGUCUCCAACUUCUCUGUGAACAACCUAAAGGAUCUGCUGGCAGCUCCAACUACCAAGGUUACUCCUGCUGUCAACCAAGUGGAAUUACACCCAUUGUUGCCUCAAGAAGAUUUGAUUAAAUUCGGUAAGGAGAAUGGCAUUGUCAUCGAAGCCUACUCCCCAUUGGGUGGUGAGAAUGCACCAAUCUUGAGCGAUCCAACCGUGCAAGAGAUCGCCAAGGCCAAUGGUGUUGAAGCUGGCCAUGUGGUCAUCUCUUGGGCUGUUCAAAAGGGCUUGGUUACUUUGCCAAAAUCUGUUACUCCAUCCAGAAUUGUGGGUAACUUGAAGGUUUUGACCCUAUCUGACAGCGAUGUCGCCAAGGUCGACGGUUUGUUGAAGGCUAAGGGUGAAAGAAGAACUUGCUACCAAGACUUCUCUCCAUUCCCAAUUUUCCAAUAA